AUGGUCAGCUGGCUUGGUGAACGUUUAGAUAGCUGGCUUGGUGAACGUUUAGAUAGCUGCCUUGGUGAACGUUUAGAUAGCUGGCUUGGUGAACGCUUAGAUAGCUGGCUUGGUGAACGCUUAGAUAGCUGGCUUGGUGAACGCUUAGAUAGCUGGCUUGGUGAACGCUUAGAUAGCUGGCUUGGUGAACGCUUAGAUAGCUGGCUUGGUGAACGCUUAGAUAGCUGGCUUGGUGAACGCUUAGAUAGCUGGCUUGAUAGCUGCCUUGGUGAACGUUUAGAUAGCUGGCUUGGUGAACGCUUAGAUAGCUGGCUUGGUGAACAUUUAGAUAGCUGGCUUAGUGAACGCUUAGAUAGCUGGCUUGGUGAACAUUUAGAUAGCUGGCUUGGUGAACGCUUAGAUAGCUGGCUUGGUGAACAUUUAGAUAGCUGGCUUGGUGAACGCUUAGAUAGCUGGCUUGGUGAACGUUUAGAUAGCUGGCUUGGUGAACGCUUAGAUAGCUGGCUUGGUGAACGCUUAGAUAGCUGGUUUGGUGAACGUUUAGAUAGCUGGCUUGGUGAACGUUUAGAUAGCUGGCUUGGUGAACGUUUAGAUAGCUGGUUUGGUGAACGCUUAGAUAGCUGGCUUGGUGAACGUUUAGAUAGCUGGUUUGGUGAACGUUCAGAUAACUGGCUUGGUGAACGUUUAGAUAGCUGGCUUGGUGAACGUUUAGAUAGCUGGCUUGGUGAACGCUUAGAUAGCUGGUUUGGUGAACGUUCAGAUAACUGGCUUGGUGAACGUUUAGAUAGCUGGCUUGGUGAACGCUUAGAUAGCUGGCUUGGUGAACACUUAGAUAACUGGCUUGGUGAAUGCUUAGAUAGCUGGUUUUGUGAACGUUCAGAUAACUGGCUUGGUGAACGUUUAGAUAGCUGGCUUGGUGAACGCUUAGAUAGCUGGCUUGGUGAACACUUAGCUGACUUGGUGAACGUUUAG